AUGGUCUUGAUCGAAACUUCAUCGUGGGAACCAAUCAAGGAGACUGACAUGCAACAGUUUUGCGUGCAAAUGAUGAAACGUCUCGAUAUUCAAAGAAAGAAUGAGCAGUUCUGCGAUGUUGUGUUGGAGGUGUGCAACGGCGAGGAUCAAGCUCGCUUCAACGCUCACAGGAUCGUAUUAUGCGCAGGAAGCCCAUUUUUCUACAGUGCCCUUAACAAUGACAUGAAGGAAAGCAAAGAAGGACUUAUUAGAUUAGAAGAUACGAGCAAAGUUGCGAUCGAGGAAUUGUUAGACUAUCUUUACACCGGACACGUGAAUGUCACGCAACACAACGCGUUCGACUUGUUAAAGAUAGCUGAUUUUUUGGUGAUUCCCAGUUUGAAAGAGGUUUCAAGCAAGUUCAUCAUACAGACAUUGUCCUCUUCAAACUGUCUAAUGGUAUAUUAUUUGGCUGUGAAUUAUCAGUGCAUUGAAUUACAGGAAAAAGCGAGAGAUUUUGUCUUCGGAAAUUUCACGAGCGUUGUUGAGCACGAAGAUUUUCUAAACUUAACCGUCAGCGAGGUGGAGAAGUGGAUAUCAGGCGAUGAAAUCAGAGUGAGAGGAGAGGAAGACGUUUUCCAGGCAGUUGUGAAGUGGUCGGAAAAAAGGGGGAGCGGAGAUCGUGAGAAAUUUUUUGAUUUGUUUCGUCAUGUUCGUCUUAUUUACUUGUCACGCAACUAUGUUUUGAAUGAAAUUUUCCCACAUCCUUUGGUAACCAACGACAAAGCAUGUACAGCUUUUGUCUUAGAUGCAGUAAAAGAUGUCUCUUCAGGCUCUGAAGAGUGCUUUUUUGCCCAAGCACCAAGAAACUGUCUUAAAACAACAGAAGAUUGCCUUGUUGUCUCUGGGGUAGGUAAAAGAACACUUUGCUACCUUCCUGCUGAGAACAAGUGGUAUGAUAUGGCAGAGAAAACAAAGGGCACAGCAUAUUAUCACAUGAGUGCUUCUCAUGGUAAACUGUACACCAGCAACAAACCGGGCCCUGAUCUAGCAAUGGAGCGAUAUGAUCCAGUCAUAAACUUAUGGGCACCUCUGAUGUGUUACAGUGGUCUGAUGUCGAACAACUUUGUAAGUGUGGCCAAUUUCCAAGGGUUUUUGUAUGUCAUUUGUGAAAAGACAGGUAAUGUGGGGUGUGUAAACUGUGUGUAUAAGUACAAUCCUGAUACAAACCUAUGGCAGGAAGUAGCACCAAUGAAUGUUUCCAGAGCUGCAGUGUGUGCUAUAGCUGACAAGGAGACCAUCUAUGCAAUUGGAGGUCUGGCAAACAAUCAAGUGCUGGAUGUAGUAGAAAAAUUUGACUCCAAAAUGAACUCAUGGUGUAGAGUUGCCUCAAUGCUAGAGAAGAAAGUGCUCCCUUGUGGUGCAAUUUUAAAUUCUAGAGUGUUUCUAUUUGGAGGUUUUUUCAGGACUCGACCCUUAGUGGUAUCUUUAAGCAUUGACAUGUAUGACCCAACUUCAAAUGUGUGGACAGCUGUUCAGGGUAUAUCUGCACCAACACGCUAUUUUAGUGUGACAAGUUUCAAAGGAAGCAUUUAUGUUAUUGGAAAGUGGAACCAAGAUAGUUCUGAUAGUUUCUUGCGGAUUUUUGAUGUUGAAAAAAACGAGUGGAGGCACUGUGCAAGUGUUCCUUUCAUCUCAAAUCCAAUUGCUUUGGCUCCUCUGAGAAUUCCAAGGGACAUUUUAAAGACAUGUAAGGUUGCAACAUAG